UGGAGCUGUAAGACAUUAUAUAAAAUUUGUUGAAUCGGUAGGGCAUUUUGCUUCGAUGGUAUUAGUUAUAUUACCUGCGGGCAUUACUAUAAAUACAUGGGGCUCAUGGAAACUUCACUUCAAGUGUACAUUUUACUUGAAUUGAUUGUUACUGCAGGCUAUGAGAGGAUGUCUCAUGAGAAGAGAAGAAACGAGGCUACAUGGUCUUCACUUCCUGUCCUUGUCUUAUGGAUGAUCAAAGAUAAGCUCGACAUAUUUGAUAAUAUGUGUGUGUCAGCCAUUUGUCAUGAUUGGAGGACUGCAUCCUUGUCAUACCCGAAAAAACAAUCAAUUGGCGCGCCGUGGCUCAUGCAACAAAGCAAAAAUCUUGACAGUUGUUUGCAGGAUUUUAUCAGCAUUGCGAGAAACAAGAAGGUCACUCUCUACCUGCCUGAAUCUAGUAAUGCUCUGGUGCUUUUUUCUAGACAGGGAUGGAUUCUUAUGCGUCGAAAGAAUUUCUUUGUGACCAGAGAAAGGCUGCCCGAUUCUGUGUUCUUAAUAAAUCCCAUUACGAAGGCUAAAAUUGAUCUGCCUGAUGUUGCAGAGUCUCAUGAAUUUUUUGGUUCCUUUUCAACUCAUGAGGGCUGUCCUGUAAGUGUGGUCCUCAUCAGUGCUGGUACAUUUUGUCGGAUAACUCUGAGAACAGCCAAGCCUGGUGAUCUUGUGUGGACUAAACACGCCCCUGUAGAGCGGACGAUGCAGUUUGAAGGGUGUCGUGGUCUGAUCAGCAUCGGUGAACAGAUUUUCUAUUAUGAUAUCUGGGGAAAGAUGACUAUAUAUAAUAUGGCUACUCAUGUUUGGAAAGAGUUACUUAGGCCUAGGGAUGAAUUGGAGGGAGUCAAUUAUAUCACGGAACAUGAUGGAAAACUAAUAAAACUCUUUGCUGAUGGAGAUGAAGAUCAUACCUCCUACAGCAUUUCAAUCUACAAUGAUACUGAUACUUCAUGGGAAAGGGUCAAGAACGACGAGAUGAGCAACACGAGUUGGUACUUGUCGAGGCUGCAUAACUGCUUUUGUGCUUGGGAAAGUGGUCUGAAAGUGUAUGUUCUUCAUCCAAGUUAUGGUGGUCUCCUUCGCUGUACUCGUACAAUUCGUGGUUACACUGUUCUUUCUCAUGAUAUAAAUGACGGAGAUACACAAACUCUUCAGGUGCCAUAUGAAAUUCAUUCAUCAGCAAAGUGGGUUGAUCUUGGUUAAUAAUUAGCUUAAGUGUAUGUAUUAGCUGGUGGCAUUUCAGUUCACAUAGAAUAUCAUUGUCUUUUGUAGAGGUGUCUAGCUUUUCUGUUAUAUUUCUGCCAAGUAGUUAUGAAAAAGAAAGAGUGAGC